AUGGUCGUGCUCGAAUUUCAGGGUUUUGGAUUCCCACUGGUGGAAUCUCCAAAAAGGCGGCGGAUACUGAAAAAGGAUACAAAUGAUCUAUUGAUCAGAGGCGGUUUCCUUCGACAGGCGUAUUCAGGUGUCUUCCACUUGCUGCCUCUUGGACUGCGGGUCCAAGAGAAGCUAGAAAAGCUCAUCGAUAAGCAUAUGCGUUCACUAGGCGCAUCCAAACUAUCCCUGUCGUCACUAUCAUCGCAAGAAUUAUGGGAACGGACCGGGCGACUAAAGGAAGGAUCAGAGGUUUUCAGAUUCAAUGAUAGAAAAGAUUCUCGAUUCCUCCUCGCUCCAACACACGAGGAAGAAAUCACCACAUUGGUUGCUGGCCUGGUAAAAUCAUACAAAGACCUGCCCCUCAGAGUCUAUCAGAUUUCAAUUAACUCCCCGACAGCGAGAAAAUAUAGGGAUGAAGCAAGGCCGCGACAAGGGCUGCUUCGCGGACGAGAGUUCGUGAUGAAAGACCUCUAUACUUUUGAUUACAAUACUGAAGAAGCGCUGAAGACUUACGAGGCAGUGAGACACGCCUACAUGCAGCUAUUCAACGAGUUGAAGAUCCCUUAUCUGGUUGCCGCAGCCGACUCCGGCAAUAUGGGUGGGAACUUGAGUCAUGAAUUCCACAUCAUAAGCUCCAAGGGGGAGGACACUGUCAUUAGCUGUUCGCAUUGUAAUCAUGUCCACAAUGAGGAGAUCGCAGACGGACAGGCACAUGUCUCCGGAUCGGAGUCUUCUUCGGGGACUGGUGCAGAUCCUACGACACCAGGAUUAGGUUCCCACGAAACGCCAGCCAUAUCGACAGGAUUGUGGACGGCUAUUUCCAAGGACAGGAAAACACUGAUACGGGGAUGGUAUCCUAAAUAUCUGAUGCAAUCCGACUCUGCGGAGCCGGUGGAAAGAGAAGUCAAUUCCCAUGCUGUCAAGGCCAUCACGAAAGCAGCAGGGGUCGAUCUGGAGUCCAGCAUAGAGAACCCUCUGGAACUGUGGUUCGAUGAACUCAAACGCGAGUCAAAGUCAACAUCGACAACUCGUGAGCGGCGUUUCCGGGUGUUGGAUGUGUACGACUCGCAGGUCAGAGUGUACAAGCGACCGCCUCUGAGUGGGCUUCCUGAGGAAAUCGACACCUUCAAAUAUGACAUCGAAUAUUCAAUGCUGGAUCGCUUCCCUGGUACCAGCAAUGGCCUCAAUCUAGUUCGGGUGAUCGACGGGGACAAAUGUCCGAAAUGCGAGCAUGGAACUCUGCGGGCUCAAAGCGCGAUUGAACUUGGCCACACCUUCCAUUUGGGAACUCGGUAUAGUGGAGUCUUGCAGGCUUCUGUCGCGGUCGAACGUUCGAUGCUAUACAGCUCUACCGACUCUGCCAGUUCUCACGCGGGAGGUACUCAGUUAGUGCCAAUGCAGAUGGGCUGCCAUGGCAUUGGUGUUUCUCGCAUGAUCUCCGCUGUCGCUGACGUUCUGUCCGACUCGAAGGGUCUGAAUUGGCCCAGGGCAAUCGCGCCGUACGAGGUUGUUGUUGUGCCCGCAAAGGGUCUUGACGCGGAAGCUGAGAAGGUGUAUGACAUCCUCACCUCUGACAAUAGCGCCCCGAUAGAUGCUGUCCUUGAUGAUCGGGACAAGCAAAUUGGAUGGAAGCUAGGUGACGCAGACUUGAUCGGUUACCCGGUCAUUGUCGUUGUUGGGAAAGGAUGGAAACAGCGGCAGGAGCUUGAGGUGCAGUGCCGUCGUUUGAAUGGCCUGCGCGAGCAGGUUCCAAUCGAUCGUCUAUCGGAAUUUGUGAGGUCGUUGCUCGACAGGUUAUAA